CAUAAAAUAACAAAGAUUAACAUGUCAUUUUAAUAUUUCAGGAGUAUUUUGUUAAUUGCGUUUGUUGUUAAUGCGACAGCCUUAGAAUCAAGUCAGGAUAUAUCAGAUAUGUUGGCAAGAUCUUUGCGGGCAGCAAGUCGAGAAAAAAGGACUCAUAACAAAGACAGAAAGAACAUUAUAGAUGCUGGCAAGAAAGGAGCUGUAGAAGCAGACGCUAAGAAGAGUUGUUGUUUAAAUGGCGGGAUAUGCAUUAUGAACACCUUCUGUCACUGCAAACGAAAUUUCUAUGGUCGUUUCUGUGAGCACCGUGUACGUCAUCGCUCGUGCGGAAGUAUUCGUCACGGAACGUGGAUGGCUUCCGGUUGUCACCUUUGCCAUUGCUUCGACGGUAGAAUGACUUGUAAAGUCACCACAAUUCAUGGAUGCAAAAAAUUAUCAUAUGUCGAAGGUUACGAAAACAAUGCAGACUAUAUGGUUGGAAUAGACAAGAAGGCUGAAGAUUACGACAAGUUCUACGACGAGUUUGACUACGCACCGGAAACGGAAGUCACGUCUGGAACCGCUAACUUUGGAGUUCCGGUAUGGCAGCUUACGAUAGUGAUAAUUUCUUUCAGCGUCUACAAAAGUAUCGGCUCCUGAAAGUCAAUCGUCUGUCAUUCGGAAGAUAAAUAACGCUACCGUUUUCCUGGUUCACUACAAAACCAGAAACAGACUGCCGAAGUAACCCCGCACACCAAAAGAAUGCUGUCACGUUCAUACUACGGAAAAAGAAAACACCGUGUCAUAUUUUUCACUGAACGCAUUCUCUCUAUGUGAGACACAACAUACAGCGGAAUUAGUUUAUGCUGACGAUAGGAGGGAAGCUGACAUUCAUGAGGACGAUAUGAUUAGUUAUUGUUGUAUUAUAACAAAUGUUUGAUUUAAAAACUUUAUCAUUACACUCAUGAAAACAA